AUGAUGCGUUCAACUUUCUUUUUCUCCCUGCUUGCGGGCACAGCCUUUGCUCAGCUUGCCGAAAACAACUUGAAGACCCACGUCGGAAGUUUGAAGCUUUCUGCACCCUUCAAUCCGAUCAAAGAAGCGUACUGGACUGGACUCCCUCACCAUCGCCGCACUCCCUUUGCUGUCUCGCCAGAUGGCAAGUCAGCAUACCUUGCGUACCUAGACGCUUCCGAGACGGACGUACAUAUCCAGAAAGUCGACCCUGCUACCUUUGCGGCUAUAGGCGAUGCAGUGACCGUCACUGGUGGAAAGGAAGCUGGUGGCUUAGUUGCUCACAAUGACGGUUUCGCUUUACUCACUAACGAAGCCAUGCCGUCGGGCACCACCAACGCGCCGCCUGAUAGUACCCCAGUGGCUGUCUUGUACCGCUACACUGCUGGCGAGCAGACCUUCAAGACGUUUUUGGGCGGCCCUGACAACGUUGGCGGUAUGGGCGCACUGGCGUCCCCGGACAUGAAUGGAGACCUUGCUUUCUCUGAGGCCACUGGCAUGUACGGUGCUUACUUCGUCGUCACUGCGUACUCUGGCGAUGCCAAGGGUCAUUUCGGUGACGCCAUCCAAUACGUUAGCGAGAACGGCACGCUCGAGCAGAUCCAGGGUGCUAGUUCAAGCUGGGGAUGCUCACACAACACUGGUAUCGCAUUCGAGGCCGCUGAUUCUGUUCCGUUUCCCAGCAUCUGUUCCGAGGACCAGGGUGCCAUUUGGCUUAACACUGGAGGUACUGGAAUGGACAAGAGCGGUGUUAAGGUCUCCAACGAAAAUGUCCAGAAUGGUGCUGGAAAUGAGGCUAUGGGUGGCAUGUCCGGAUCCUACAGUGGUCUUGCACGCUUCAUCGACAGCGACUCCUACAUCUUCUCCUGGGUUUCGCGUGGCGCUAAGGAUCUGACCGAGAACGAGUGGAUGGGUGCAGGCUACACUAACUCCGAGAACCGCACAGUCAACCGCAACGUUGCCAUCGCUACCUUCUCAGACAAGAAGACCAUUGUUGGCGAGCAAGCUACCUCUGAACUCGGCCCCGAUGGUGACUCACAAGUCAACUGGAUCACCACAGGUUCUGCUGACUGCCAGAACGCUCACGUUGCUGCCUUUGAUGGCACCAGCGCUCUCGUCACCUGGGAGGAGAUCGCUGAGCCUACGUGCGAGUUCAUUGCCAUGGGCUGCAAGGGUGCCUUUACUGGCUCUUACUUCCAGCUCGUCAAGGACGGCAAGAAGGUUGGCGAGCCAGUCAAGUCCAUGGACGUCUACGUUGCCGGAGACAUGGUUACCAUGGCUGAUGGUCGGGUAUGCUGGCCUUACGUUGACAUGGACUGGACACUUGACGCACCAGUGCGUAGCCCCGCAAAUGUAGAGGCUAUCAGCUUCGCAUGCAUGGGCCUGAGUGGCAACGAGUCUGCUGCACCUGCUUCUUCUGCCCCAGCUGCCUCAGCCCCAGCUGCCUCAAAGACACCAGCUCCUUCAUCCAAGGCUCCCGUCGCUACCUCUGCGGCUGUCAAAGAAUCAGCUCCUGUAAACGAAGUUGCCGAGUCUACCGAACAAACCCCAGCCGUUGAAACACCUGCUGAGUAUGCUCCAACGCCCGCACCAAACCCGAUCGAGUCCCUGCUCCCCAUAGCUCCCAUCGUCUCUGUCAUCACGUCUGCGCUUGAGGCCAUUCCAUCAGGCUUCCUUCCCGACAACGACCUCCCCGCGCCCUUGCUGUCAAUUUUCAUUCCGGCUUCUGAGUCUUUCAUUGCCUCUGUUGCACCUGCUUUUACCGAAAGUGCUAAGAUACCUCUUCUGUCCCUUGAGCCAGUGUACUCCAGCACCCCCAGCUCUUUGGUCGCUGAGCCUACCGCCGAGCCUACAGCUUAUCCUGAAUACCCAGAGGCUACUCCUAUCGUCGAACCAUCUCGGCCAGCAGCUACUCCUAUCGUUGAACCUUCCCAACCCGCGGUGACUCCCACCGCCGAACCGACUCAAUCCGCAGCUUCAACAACAUGCACCGAAGGCAAGACCCAGAGCACUCGCGUACCCCUUGACGCCACUCUUUCGGCAGAUGCUCCCCCCUACCCUAUCGGUACAGGCUCAGCCACCUACCCCACUGGCAGUGGUAUGCGCCCCUCCGGUAUCGCGCGCCCCACUGGUGCUGGCCGUCCAGACUGGUUCCAUGGUAGCCGUCCAGAUGGUAGCUUUGGCUGGGGUCGCCCCAGGCCUUCCGGUAUGUGGCCUGCUCACGGUUACCCCCGUCCUACAGCCGGCUUCCACUACCCUUCCAAGCCCUCUGAAGCUUUCGGCCAUGGAGGUGCUGCGGGCGUUAAGGCUAGCAGCAAGCCUUGCACCCUGGAGACCAGGGUCAGGCCCACGCCUACUGCUCUUGUGCGUUAG